AUGGUCAAGGAAACGAAACUCUAUGACCUCCUCGGUGUUUCGCCAGAGGCCAAUGACCAGGAGUUGAAGAAGGCCUACAAGGCGGGUGCCUUAAAGUACCAUCCUGACAAGAAUGCCCACAACCCCGCCGCCGAGGACAAAUUCAAGGAAAUCUCCUCCGCUUACGAAGUCCUGUCCGAUCCCCAGAAGCGAUCUAUCUACGACCAAUAUGGUGAGGCCGGCCUCGAGGGCGGUGCUGCAGGUGGCGGUAUGGCUGCCGAGGACCUCUUCGCACAAUUCUUCGGUGGAGGUGGCGGCGGUUUCGGUGGCGGUCUUGGAGGCAUGUUCGGCGGCAUGCAGAACAGGGGUCCUCCCAAGGCACGCACUAUCCACCAUACCCACAAGGUCUCCCUCGAAGAUAUCUACAAGGGCAAGAUUUCCAAGCUUGCGCUCCAGCGGUCCAUCGUCUGCCCCAAGUGUAACGGAGUUGGCGGCAAGGAGGGCGCCGUGCGGCGUUGCUCGGGAUGUGAUGGCCAUGGCGUGAAGACCAUGAUGCGCCAGAUGGGCCCCAUGAUCCAGCGAUUCCAGACCAUGUGCCCCGACUGCAACGGCGAGGGUGAGAUCAUCAAGGAGAAGGAUAGGUGCAAGCAGUGCCACGGCAAGAAGACCAUUGUCGAUAGGAAGGUCCUCCACGUCCACGUCGACCGUGGUGUCCGCAGCGGCACCAAGGUCGAGUUCCGCGGUGAGGGUGACCAGGCCCCCGGCAUCCAGGCCGGAGACGUUGUGUUUGAGAUUGAGGAGAAGCCCCAUCCCCGCUUCACCCGCAAGGACGAUGACCUUUUCUAUAAGUGCGAGAUUGACCUCGUCACGGCCCUUGCCGGUGGAACCAUUUACAUCGAGCAUCUCGACGACCGCUGGCUCAGCGUCGAUAUUCUCCCUGGAGAGUCCAUUUCUCCUGGAACCGUAAAGAUGCUCAGGGGCCAGGGUAUGCCUUCUCCCCGACACCACGACAUGGGUAACAUGUACAUCUCCUUCGGCGUCAAGUUCCCCGACAAGAACUGGACCGACAACCCGGACGCCUUCGAGGGUUUGCGUCAACUGCUACCAUCUCCGGCCCUUGAGACCAUCCCUCCUAACGACGCUAUGACCGAGGGCGCUAGCCUAGAAGACGUUGAUCAGCGAGGAGGUUCUGGACGCAAUUUCGGAAACGGCGCCAUGGACGAGGACGAUGAUGAUGGUCAUCCUCACGCUGAGCGUGUCCAGUGCGCAUCCCAGUAA